UAUGUCAUCUUUAAGAAGUCUUGUGCUCUUCUCUACAUUGCUAUUUCUCGUUUUUGGAUAGACUUGCAUUGAUCACAGUGGAAAUGCUAUAGAUUGGUGGUUUAUCUUGAAAAUGCCAACAGAUCCUACUUUUAGUGCUAGAGGUAAAUAAAUUUCAACAUUUAAGGAAUGGACUAUUUGUAUUGUGAUGCUAAGAAUAAUUGUGGAACUUUUGAUUGGUAAACUGACCAAUUAGAUUAUCUAACAUCACCAUUAUAAAGAACUAUAGCUUAGAUUGAUUUUCAUAAUGAUAAUGUAAUGAGUGUCUUGUGGAGUGAUUAACCUUGGAAUAAGAAUACAAUCUCAGAUAGAGCCCAUUCAAAGGGUAUUUUGAGUGCCAACAUAAAUGGUAACGCAUUUCUGAUCUCUCAUUCAACACCUACAUUCCCAAUGCUUGAUGACGCAUACGAGUAUAUAUCCAAUUCAAAUUAUAUUAGUUAAAUUGUAUUAGGUAUGCCUUCUUCUGCUUAAGUCAAUGGUCAACAUUAUAUGUGUUUGUCUAUUACAACUACAGAGGCAAAUAGAUUGGCAACAGAAUAUAUCAUAGCUGAAACAUUAACUAAUAGAGCAAAUAGUCCUUCUGCAUUUGCAACUGCUUUCCCUUAAUUAUAUUAAUUAAAAACCAAUUCAAGAACCAAGACAUACAAAACAGAAUCUGGAACUGUGUUAUCAGUAAUUUAUAAUAUAUAUAUAUAGGCUGCACUAUAAGACUCAAUUAAAAUUUCCACCAAAGGAGGAUUUACUCUUACAGCUUAUUCAAAAAAUGAAAAUCUUGUUGAAGAUUUCUAUGCUGAUGUUAUAGCACCAGCUUUGGGAAAAGACUUAAUAAUGGAAACUUGGGGUAAUGGAACUGGUGGUCUCUAAGCACCUGUAUGUGAUUAAGUGCCUAAAUCAUAUUCCAAUUUAGUCAGAUAACAUGGAGUAUGCUAAAUAUAUAUUAUAUCAGGCCUUUUCAUUUUCAUAUACUAAGGACCAUUCAAAAUAUGGUAUAACUGCAAGUUCGACCAACGUAUGCUUUUGUGAUUUGAAUAGAUAAACUACAUAAUAAAAAAGAGGAGGUGUUGUUUAUUGCUUUUAACAUAAAAGCUUAUGGAGCAUCAUAAAUUAAUCAUUUAUAAGUAGACAAACAUGCUGA